UGAUGGAGUUGUUUUAGUUUUCGUGUUUGUUAUCUUUGGUAUUUAAUGGACUGUCACGUGUAAAAAUAUGUAUCUAGAUAUUAUUAAUUAAAUUAUUUAUUAAAAUGUCGUGGUUAGGGGAUCAGUUUAGCUCUAUAACUGGUAAAAUAACAGAUUUUACGAAAGAAGUUUUAAUUGAAAAUAAUUCCUCGGGGCUGACAGACGAAGAAUCAAACCAAAAUGGUGUUCUGUCUUUUAAGGAGCUUGUUGAUCUUUGCAAAGAAAAGGAUCAGAAGAUAGAGCAAUUGAUGCAAGAGAAGGAGAAUCUUGAGCAGAGUAUUGAAGAACUAGAUCAACAGCAUCGAGAAGAAACUAGUUGUCUCUUGCAGUUAAAAAAUAGUGCAGCAACUGAAAAUAAAAUACUAAAAGAAAAAUUAUUGGAACAAGAAAAAAAAUUGUCUGAAAAACCUGAUUUUCCAUGCCAUGAUUUUGAUCUUCUUAAUAAAGACAUAAAAGAAGCUUUGAUUAAUAAUAUGGGUUUAAAUUCAGAAAAAUUAGAUAGCUCUUAUAGUAAGAAAAACCAAAACCUAAUGACUCUUCUGCAGCUGUUUUCUAAUAGUAGUACAGAAGAAAAUUUAAAAGACAAUAUAGUGUGGCUCAAAAAUCAAAAACUUCACUUGACAAAUUCUAUAUGUGAAGAAAAUGAGGAGGAUGUAAACAAUUUAAUAAACAAAAUUGAUAGUUAUAUAAUUUUUUUAGAAACUGCAAAUACUAAUCAGGAAUCUUUGUUUCCUGUUUUAGGUGAAAUUUGUUAUGUGAUAAAUUUACUAAUUUCAAAUAUUACCCACUUAAAUGAGAAAUUAAAUUUAACCCUGUCUGAUGGGGAAAAAUUUACAAAAGAUAUUUGUGAAAAUAAGCAAUAUAAUAUUGUAGAAAAGUGUGAAGCAUUCUCUCAAACAAAUGUUGCAGCUACUUCCGAUUUUGCAGUGCAAAGUUAUGAGGGUUUUUAUAAUCAGGGUGCUGCAGUGACUUCUUCAAAACAUUCCCAAACAGAUGAUUCUUCUACUGUAGAUACCGAAACACAAAAGAAUAAUUUUAUAUUAAAUCAACUACAAUCUAACAUUGAUAAUUUAGAACAAGAAAAAACUCAAUUAGAAAAUGAAAUUAUUUCUUUGAAAUCUUUGUUAAAUAAAACAUCAUCGUCUGCAUAUAUCCAAACUGAUGAAUAUGUAUGUGAAUGUAAUUCCUUGAAAGCAAAAGUUGAUGCUGCUAAAUCAGAGCUUAUCAAUAUGGAACAGAUGUUUUCUGCUCAACAGCAAGAAUAUUUAACUCAAUUGAAUGACAUGAAAGAAAAAUUGCAUUUAAAAGAAUCUAUAGUAACAGAAAAGGACACUGUAAUUCAGUCUCAGAAAAAUGAAAUAACUUCUUUGCAUAGUAAAAUAAGCACUUUGAUAGAUAAUUUAAAUUCUUUGAAAAAGGAACAUUAUUCUAAGGACAUUAAUUUUUUUGAAAAUUCAAGUGAAAAUCUUUGUACAAACAGUAAUACUGGAAAGGAUAAUGGAAUUGAAGCAAAACUUUUGCAAGAGAAGGUGUCUGCUUUAGAAUUAGAAAAAGGGAAACUUCUGUGUGUUUUAAACGAAAAAUCUCAGGAAUGUAGCACUUUAAAAACUGAGGUUCACAAACUCACUAGCAUUGUAGCAUCUGAAAAACAGGCUUUAUUAAAGCUGCAACAAGAUAACUGUGAGUUAAAACUCUCUAGUAAAGAGAAAUCAGAUCCAGAACUUACCAAGGAAACAAUCAAGAAAUUAAGUAACAUAAUUCGAGACAAAGAUUUUGAAAUUGAAUCUCUAAAGCAGAAGAAUUCUACUCUUACGACUUUGAUUCAAGAAACAUCAAAUAUUCCUGAACAUCUUCAGUCACUCCUAGAGGAAAAAGAAAACUUAGCGAAGCAAAUAAAAAUGUGUAAAACAGAACGUGAAAAAUUCAUGGUGAGCUACAAUACGAAAGACAAGGAAUGUCGUAAAUAUAUGGCAGAAAUGAAAGAAUUGGAGACAACUUUUUCACAGCAAAGAGAAAAAUUUGAUCUUCUUGAGCAAACUCACCAAUCUCUUGUUCAGCAGUAUGAAGAAAAACAAAAAUCUUUAAUCAAUGCGCAGAAUGAAAUGAUAAUCUUAAAGCAACGAUUGGCAGAUCUUGAGCAGCAGCAUUUUGAUAUUAAGGAAAAAUACAGUAACUUUCUUAACCAGAUGAAUUCUGAUGCUAUCAUUCAGAUCACAAAAGAUGAACUCCAAGACAAAAAUACCAAAAUUGAACAGCUAACAUGUGCGAAUGAAGAGAAAGAUCAUUUAAUACAAGAAAAAGAUUGUAUGAUCCAUGAUCUUUCACAACAAGUGAAGAAAUUGAAAUUGGAAUCAGAGCAACAGCAGCAAAUCACACAAACUCUUGAAAAGAAAAUAUCAGAUUCUAUGAAUAAAGUAGCAGACAUGAAGAAUUCUCUUGAAGAUUUGGAGAAUGAAAAAACAGUGCUGGAACAGAAACUUCAAGAUAAAGAUUCUGAAUGUAGCCUAUUGAAAGACAUGAAUGAGAGACUGAAUAUGGCUGUUAAAGAGCAAGAAUUCUCAAUUCAAUCCAUGACAGAAAAGCUAUCUUCCUUGUCUCAGUAUAUCAACAGUGAUCAUUCUUCCCCUUCUGGAACUGUUGAUAUCAAUCAGAUUCUGGCAGAUAGUGAAGCAAUGUUCAGCAAAGCCCAGGACUUGUAUAGGGAAAGAGAUGAAACUCUUCUGGCAUUGAACCAAAGCAAACAGGAAAAUCAAAAUCUUCGAAAUGAGAUUCAACGAAUGAAAAGCAAUGAAAUUCAUCUUAAAAAUGAGCUUGAGCGAUUGCGGCAACAUCUGUUAGAGAUUGAAGAAAAUUAUACCACUGAAGCUUUAAAAGCUGAGGAAAGACAAAAACAUCUACAAGAUGAAUUAGUUGAAGUGAAGAGGCGUGCAGAAAUAACAAGUACAGCUGUCGUGGAUACAAAUCAAAGAGCAAGUAUCCAGAUUGCUAGUCUUCAAGAACAGUUGUCUAUUAUAGCAAAUCAACGGGAUGAAGCCUUAUCUCAUAUUUCUUCUCUUGAAGAUCAAGUGUUACAACAUUCCACAUCCGUGAACAAAUUGCAAUUGGUUCUUGAACAGAUGCAGAGAGCUAAUGAAAGAAAACUCAAAGAAGUAGAAAAUAAAUGGCAGUUGUUAUUAGAUAAAGAAAAGAUGGCAUACAAAAAACUAUCAGAACAGUUGCUGAUGAAAGAGAGGCAACUAGAGGAGAGUUCUCAAGCCUUGGAAGCAGCUUCAAGGUUAAGUGAGCAAUUAGAUGCCAAGGAAGAAAUAAUUGCUAACUUGAGGAGUGAAUUAUCAAAAACAGAACAUAAAAUAAAAUCUACAACCCUAGAAAUUGAUACAAUUAAAAGCAAUACUGAAGGAAAAGUUGACAGGUUAGUUAUGAAGAGCUUAGUUCUUGGAUAUUUCUCAACGCCUCCCAAUCAGAAAUCGGAAGUGAUUCGUCUGCUUGCAAGGGUUUUAGAUUUUAAUCAGGAAGAAAUGGAAAAAGCUGGUAUUGUGGUUGGAAGACAGAGUAAAAAUCAAGAAAAUAGAGGAAUAUUUUCUUCCAUAUUUGGACGCUUGCCCAGAAUGAGUUCUGAACAACAGCAACAAAGGCAGUAUGAACCAGAAAAAUCAUUUACUACUUUAUUUGUACAAUUUCUGGAGCAUGAAUCUCAGCCCAUAGUUCCCAUGCCCUUCCCCGUUGAAAAAAUGACACAAGAAGUAACACAUCAUAAGUCCCAUCUUAUAAAGAAACCCCAAUCACAACAAAAUCAAGGUUCACCCCGAAAAAGUCCAUUGCUAUUAGACAUAGAUUCAGCUUUUCCCUCUUUUACCCCAGUGCCAGCUAUCGAGUAUUCAGCAUCACCAGCUCCAGCAAUCUUGAAAGAAGUCUUGGAGUAAUUUAUAUUUUAAAAUAUUUUCCUGCUUAUUUAUUGGCUAAGAGGGUUGUUAUCUGUGAAAAAUUCAUUGUGUUGUUAUAACUAUGCAUCUCAAAAAUCCUGAUAAUGUAAUGUAAAAAUUGUAAUUGAAUCAGACAUAUGUGUUUAAAAUUAUUGCAAAAUUUCUUGAUAAUACAUAGUUCAAAAUUGUUUUAAAUUUAUUUAGACAGUUAUAAAUGUUUUCUGAAAAUUUAUAUUUACAAUCAUAACCUGAAAUGUUUUGUAAUAUUUUGUUUUAGCUAUGCACUUAAUCUAAUUUGCUACUACUCCAUAUUAAAUUGAAUUUAAUUGGUAUAUAAGUUAUGGAUUCAUAAACAUUUUCAUUUAUCUUUAAUGUUUUCAGUUCGUAUAUUACUGAAAUUGUGUAAUAAUUUUAUUUUAUGUGAUGGAAAUCGAAUAUUGAUGAAAAUUCAAAACAAAGGUCUUCUUAUCGUUUUUGCAGACCUUUGAUGAAAUUAUAUAUAUAUACUUUAUAUUAUUGACCUUAUUUGUGGCAUUUUUAAACUACAAACAUGUUAGAGUUUCAUGUUUUAUGAUUCUUUGAUUAUGUAUUCUUUCUUGUUGAUGGCAUGUUAUUAUAAAUUAUUUUAUUUUUCAUUUUUAUAUAUUAUUUAUAUUUCUUCAAAUUAAAUAUAAAAUUGUUUUCUGUAAUUUGUUAUUUAAUAUAUUACUUUGAUUUUCUUUCAUAAAAAAAAAUUUGUUAGAAAAAUGUGAGAUUGAAAUGGAAAAGGAGUAUAUAUUUUUAGAAAAUGCAAAAAUCUGCAAUACAGGUAUUUUUCAUAAUUCAUCUCUUCUUAACAAGAGAAAGGGUAGAAAAAAUUGUGCAAUUUGUUGCUUGAUACAUUUAAAUAAUUGUGUGGAAUGCAUUCCAUCCAUAUAGUAAAGUGAGAAUUUUUUUAAAUUUUACUAGUCCUUGUAAAUACGUACAUAGAUAUAUAUAAUACUGUAUAUAAAUAUCUAUUUCAUUUUUGAAAAUUAUUACAUUUUUGGAUGCUGAAAAAAUAAGUGUCAGACUUUUUACCUUGAUUUUAAAAUCAAUGCCUUGUUUGAUGUGUAAAUCAUUUAGUAAACUACAUCAUUUAGGUCAUUAGGUGUAAAAAAAGAUAUUUCUUUUUGACUCUGAAUUCAAUGACAUGAUGUCAGAUCUCCUGAAUAUUAUUGAAUAUUGCAAUAAAAUCAUGUAGUGUGGAAUUAACUCAAGACCAAAAUGUGAAUUGCAAAUUUUAAAGUCUCUAUAAUUACUGGCCUGUUCUUUGCUUAUUUUUAAUGCAUCUUUUGAUAUGCAUAUAUAUGUUUCAAAAGAAAUUUGGAAAUUAUGAAAGAUUAUUUUAUUAAAAUUUCAAAAGAAUUAUCCCUUUAGAAUUAUCUUCUAAUAGUCUAUAAAUGUUGUAAUCAUUUUUAAAUAAGCUAUCUUGUAUAUAAUGUGCAUUUAAUGGAAUUAUUUUUAUAUUAUUCAAUUGUGAAUCUAGUUGUUAAUUUUUUAAUGCAUUGAAUAAUUUUUUAAGGUGCCUUGCAUAAUUUUGAUCUCUGAAUAAAAGAAAAUGCAUUUGUAUGUUUUAUAAAAAUUGUUGUUUUGUCCUGGAAAAAAGUUUUUUUAAAGUUCUUAUAAUGAUUAAAGUUGUUAAAUGAAUAAUAGUAGGUUUACAAAUUUGGAACAUCCAUUUUUAUUGGUACUUUGGUUUUCUUGCAAAUACAUAGAAUUAUUGUUUUAAAUAUGCUUUAAACUGGCAUAUUCUUUUUACAAGAUGGGGGCUUUUUUUUUUUUUUUUUUUUUUUUUUUUAAUAAAUAGCAAUGUGCAAGUUUAGGUCUGUAUUCUAUUAAAUAUGGUCUUGUAUUAAAAGUAGACUAAGUUUUGGCAUCCUAACAUUAAAUUUAUGUAUUGCUUUUAUAGCAUAAAAUACCUAUUCCGUUUUGUUUAUUUUAUAUGAUUUUAGUUCAUAUUCUCAUUUUCAGUGCUCAUUAUAUAGUUUCAAACUUUGCAUUUAAACUAAUAAUUCAAUUUUUUUCUAGUAUUGUUCUUGACUUACUUCAAUAUUUAAGUUUUUAUUCCUUCUUUCAGUAUUACAUUUACAUUUUAUAAUAUGAAUAAGUAUUUUUUUUAGCAAUUUUAAUAUGUCUUAAUAAAAUAUUGCCACUAGCUUACAUGUUGUUGUAAAGAAAAGAAAAUUUUCUAAAAAUAAUUUCAACAAAAAAAAGAGACAGCAUUUAAUUUUUGAUUUUACAUAAUGAGAAGAAAGUUGAAAUUUAAAAUAAUGCUCAAGAAAUGAUUAAAUUGUUAAAACUUGUAUUCAUCACAUAAAAAUACUUAUUACAGCAGAAUUAUAAGUAAUUAGAUUUGUAAUUCUUUUUUCAUGAGAAGAAUGGUCAUUCUGAAAGAGAUGAAAUUAUCUUUGCAAAUAUUUUCAAGGUAUCAAUGCUCUGGUUUCUUCUCAGCCUUACACUAUCUUUUGUCUUUUUAUUUAAGUACUCUCAAAGGCAGAAUUUAUAAAUGCAUUAAUUAUUUUUUCAAGCUCUUCCUUAUCUUUAAUUCAUAGACUUCGUUUUAGAAGGUGAAUGAGGUACUACAAUUUUUCAAAAAAAGUUCAUUAAAGUUAAAUCUUUAAAGAUCUUAUAUUAAAUUAAAAAUUGAAGAUGCAGAGUGUUUUAUAACUCUCUCUAAAAUUUUGAAAUUAAUGAAUACACCAAGAAAUUUUGUAUCAUUAAAUAAUUAAAUUCACUUAAAAUUUUUCAGUUAAGUCACUUGAUAAACCUGAAUGUGCUCCACUUUCAACUAAAUUGAACUGAAAUGAUUCUAUAAUUGUAUGAAGCUUUUUUUUUUUCCCCUCUUCAGUAUUCGACUUUUCAUUAAUUUUUCCAAACUUAGAAGGCUUUUUAAAGCAUCUUUUAUUAGACUAUAGUUUUAGACAGGAGUGGAAUUUGAAUUUAUAUUUCUUUAACAGUGCUUAUUUGUUUGAUAUUUCAACAGACGAAGAAAGACAGAAGAAAAUUUAGAAAAAGGAGAAAUUCCUUAGUAAUAUUUAAAGAUAAAAUCUUCGUUAUCAUUAAGUAUCUGAUAAUUCAGAUGAAACCUAAAAUUGUAUUAGCAUGCAUUGAUAUAAAUACUGAAUCGUUCUCAACCUAAAAAUUGUUGUUCUGCAUUCUAUAUUAUUAUAGGUAAUUAAAUUUAUGCAUUUAUUUUGUAAUUGAAAGUUUGCGUUAAUAUUUUGAAAGAACUACAAGAUUUUUUAUUGUUAUAAAUAUUCUACAUCAUUUCUUGUGACUUUUUUUUUUCUUUUCUUUCCUUCUCUUUUCAGUGUAAACUACUUUUUAAUAAACAUAACACAGUGAAGCUCUAUGUAUGCUUUUUGUCAAUGAAGGAGGUAUAUCAAGCUUUUGAGUUGUAAUUUUUUAAAACUAUAAAAUAUUGGAAAGUAUUAAAUGAUCCAUUGUGGAAGAUGCUAAUUUGCAUAUUAUUGUUUUAAAACAUUUUUAAUAACUCUCAUUUUUUAAUAAAAGUAUUGUAAUAUUAUAUUCAUGAUCAAAAGAAUCUUUAAAAACUUAAUACAUUAUAUUCUUGGCCAUAUAUUUGCAGAACCUUUGGAAUUUUUCAUGUAUAUACAGAAUGAUUACUCAAUACAAAGUGCGCAAUCUGUUAUUUCAACUUUUGAGACUCAAAAAGUCAUGGUGUUUUACUUGGACCACUGUAUGUUUUAUUUUAUUUAAGUGUUGGAUUUAUAUGUAAAUAGUUAUAUAUAAUGUGUUAAACUGAAAGUAUUUAAAAUAAAGAGGUUAUUU